GGAGGGGGGGGGCGCGGCGGCGAAGCCUGUCCCGUUAGCGGAUCCCGAUCUCUCGGUUAUAAAUCUCGGACCCGCUUGCCUGGGACUGCGGCUGGAGCCCGAGCUUUUGUUUCUGGCCGGAGCCGAUUGGGGCCUCUUCAGGAGGGAGAGGGAAGCCCCGACCGACGAGGCCUGAGCCUGAGGAGGAGGAGGAGGAGGAGGAGGAGGAGGAGGAAGAGGGCCUGCCCUGUUCAGGCCAGGCCAGGCCAGAAAUGUCCUGCGUCGUGGUGAUGUGUACCUGCUCGUCGGCUGCACGGCUCCUCCGCUCAUCCAUAACCGGGUUGGGGUUUGCAUCUGCACGAUUCCAUUUCCCACUCCUGGGACACUCGGCGAGUUUUGAAACACAGGGAGGAAGAAAAGUUACUUGUAGGACAUUUUGUGAGACUGUUACUCUACUUGCAUCGAAAGAUGGGGGUACUAAAGAUAUUUCUGGAGAUAAUAAGAAGUCUGUCAGUGAAGGGGGCAACAAGCAAUCAUCAGGAUCAGGUGGUUCAGGAAAAGGUGGAAACCAGCUACGGUGCCCAAAGUGUGGUGACCCAUGCACUCAUGUGGAGACCUUUGUUUCUUCAACACGCUUUGUGAAAUGUGAAAAAUGCCACCAUUUUUUUGUGGUACUGUCUGAAGCUGACUCCAAGAAGAGUUUAAACAAAGAGCCAGAAUCAGCAGCAGAAGCUGUGAAAUUAGCUUUCCAACAGAAACCACCACCACCUCCAAAAAAGAUAUACAGUUAUCUCGACAAAUAUGUAGUUGGUCAGUCCUAUGCCAAGAAGGUGCUUUCAGUUGCUGUGUACAACCACUAUAAACGCAUUUACAACAAUAUUCCAACUAGUCUGAGACAGCAAACAGAAGUAGAAAAACAGGCCUCUCUGACACCUCGGGAGUUAGAAAUCCGAAGACGAGAGGAUGAGUACAGAUUUACAAAACUGUUACAGAUUGCAGGUAUCAGUCCACACGGCAAUGCACUUGGAGCUUCCAUGCAGCAGCAGGCAAGUCAGUCAAUUCCCCAAGAGAAGCGAGGAGGAGAGGUGCUUGAUUCGACUCAUGAUGACAUUAAGUUGGAGAAAAGCAACAUUCUGUUACUUGGUCCCACAGGAUCAGGCAAGACCUUGCUAGCCCAGACUCUUGCCCGAUGCCUAGAGGUUCCCUUUGCCAUUUGUGACUGUACUACCCUGACCCAAGCUGGAUAUGUGGGUGAAGAUAUUGAAUCAGUUGUGGCUAAGCUCCUGCAGGAUGCCAAUUAUAAUGUGGAUAAAGCACAGCAAGGAAUAGUAUUCUUGGACGAAGUAGAUAAGAUUGGCAGUGUGCCAGGGAUUCAUCAACUACGUGAUGUGGGCGGUGAAGGUGUUCAGCAGGGGCUACUGAAGCUGCUUGAAGGUACAAUUGUAAAUGUGCCAGAAAAAAAUUCAAGGAAAUUGCGAGGAGAAACCGUUCAAGUGGAUACUACUAAUAUUUUAUUUGUGGCAUCUGGUGCUUUCAAUGGUCUGGAUAGGAUUAUCAGCAGGAGAAAGAAUGAAAAGUACCUUGGAUUUGGCACCCCCUCAAAUCUUGGCAAAGGGAGAAGGGCGGCAGCAGCUGCUGAUUUAGCGAAUACAAGCGGUGAUAACAAUACUGUCCAGGAAUUAGAAGAAAAGGACAGAUUACUCCGCCAUGUCGAGGCCCGGGACCUGAUAGAAUUUGGAAUGAUUCCAGAAUUUGUAGGACGCCUGCCUGUGAUAGUUCCAUUGCAUAGCUUAAAUGAGGAAACGUUGGUGCAAAUUCUAACAGAACCACGAAAUGCUGUCGUUCCACAGUACCAGGCUUUGUUCAGUAUGGAUAAGUGUGAUCUUAAUGUAUCUGAGGAUGCCUUGAGAGCUAUAGCUCGACUCGCUCUGGAAAGGAAGACUGGUGCUCGAGGCCUUAGGUCAAUCAUGGAAAAGUUGCUGUUGGAGCCAAUGUUUGAAGUGCCAAACUCUGACAUUGUAGCUGUAGAAGUGGAUAAAGACAUUGUGGAUGGAAAGAAACCACCUGCAUACAUACGAGCCCCAUCUAAGGAGCCUGUCGAAGAAGAUUACGAUUCUGGAGUAGAGGAUGAUCGGUGGCAUCGCCAAGCAGAUGCAGCUAAUAAUUAAACAACAACAAUUUGGAGCAAUUUGUGCAAAGAUGAGCCUCGUACAACAUGAAACUUUUUAUUUUAUUUAAUUUUAAGUGUGUUAUUAACCAGUUGCUCUCACCAGAGAGAGCUACCCUUUAAAGAGAUUAGCUUUUUGGAAAGGGCUAGAAAUCUCCUCUCCCUUGACAUGAUCUCAGCAGACCAGUGAAACUGAUCAUGUGUUUGUAAAAUAGCAAAAUUUUGUACAGUGGACAUUAUGCUGUCUGUGAAUUUUACUGUAAGCACAUUCUGAAUGUGUUUAAGAUACAAUUUUUAACAGCUGCUUCCCUACAGUAACUGUUUAGGAAUGAAAGAUGCCUACCCACCCCAGUACAAAGAACGGAAGAAAAAUUUACUGACUGUACUUUUUAAUUUUCUCUAAUAUGUUCAAAAAUUGACUGUUUCUUUGGGCUAGAUGUGCUGUGGUCAUAUUACAAAGAUAUUUUGUUUCUUUUUAAAAUGUAGAAUUUCUAUUUGCAUUCAAGAUUUAGAAAUCAAAUUGAGGCAAAAGAGUCACAGCAAGUGUCAAUGGAACUAAACAAUAUACAUGUUUUACUAACACAGGUAUUGCAGGGAUUUCAGCUUCAAUUCUUGAUUACAGUAGUUUGGACAUGAUUUUAGUUUCAUUUUGCUUGUGCUACAGUAUACAUAACAUUGUUUUAGAUGCAUUCAAUAUUAUGCACAAGGAAUAAUCCUGUACCAUAUUUUUCUGUACUUUUAUGCAAUUGCUGACCAGAAACAGGAUUGGCUUUAGUCCUUUAGAAAUGGACUUUACUGGAACAUUAAAGGAUUUGAAGAUGAAUUAUUGUAAAUUUCUGGUUAUAUAAAUAAAGUGUAUAAAUUAAGCACUUA